AUGGGUACUGUCAACUCAAUCACGCAGUGCUUCCCUUCACUGCGUACCUACAACCAAGCGUCACCCAGCCGCGAGACACAGAAUGUCGCAUCUAAUGUCGUCACAAUCAUCCUUACCAGCGAUUCAUCGUAUGCGAUCAAGAAACGUCUUGAUGAGUCUAUCAGCACAACCGGCUGGACCGAGUCGCUAGCUCGUGCCAUCCUCCGUGGUCUUGAGAAUGCCAUCGAAACCGGUGCACAGGCGGCCGAAGCAGCAUCCAAAGCACUUGCUCGAGCUACAAGCGAGGCCUUCGAGUUCUCCCGUGAACAUCCUGUCUUCGUUACUAUCCUUGCUUUAGGUGUUUUGGCCAUUUUAACGCCGUGGGUUAUUGAGGUCCUGGGAUUUGGAGAAUUGGGUCCGAUUGAGGGGUCAUUUGCGGCAUUGUGGCAGAGGACGUAUGCUGGGUAUGUGCCAAAGAGGUCACUAUUUUCAUUCUUCCAGCGCUUGGGGAUGGUCUGGAAACACUGA